CACUACAACACUCAUGUCUUUAAUGGCUAACUUACUCUGUUUCAGUGUCUUGUUCUUAACCAUGUCGUUUUCAUACUGUUGUAUGGCACAUAAAUGGCCUGCAGGUGGUUCAACUAGGUUCUAUGAUUUCAAAGUUCAAACCAUGAAGGUUAAUAAACUAUGUAACACCAAAGAGAUUGUCACCAUUAAUAAAAUGUUCCCUGGACCUAUAGUUUAUGCUCAAGAAGAUGAUAGAAUCAUUGUUAAGGUCACUAAUGAGACCCCUUACAAUGCCACAAUUCACUGGCAUGGGGUCAGGCAGAAGUUAUCGUGCUGGUUCGACGGUCCGUCGUAUAUUACGCAAUGUCCUAUUCAAGCUGGCGCGAGUUUCACAUACGAGUUCACGUUGGUGCAGCAAAAGGGGACCUUUUUUUGGCACGCACAUGUUUCUUGGCUUAGAGCAACUGUUUAUGGUGCUAUUGUUGUGUAUCCGAAGACGGAAGUACCGUACCCUUUCGAACAUCCUUACGAAGAACAUAUCGUGAUCUUAGGGGAGUAUUGGUUGAGAGAUGUUGUACAACUCGAACGGGAAGUUCUAGCGAGCGGUGGUGCUGCUCCACCGGCUGAUGCGUUUACUAUUAACAGUCACCCGGGACCAAACUACAACUGCUCUCGAAAUGAUGUAUACAAGAUUGAUGUUGUACCUGGGAAAACAUAUUUGUUGAGGCUAAUCAAUGCAGGACUAAAUAUGGAGAAUUUUUUUGCUAUAGCUUAUCAUAAAUUAACGAUCGUGGAGGCCGACGCUGAGUACACCAAGCCAUUCACUACGGACCGUGUGAUGUUAGGACCGGGGCAGACCAUGAACGUCCUUGUUACGGCUAAUCAGCCGAUUGGGAAGUAUUCCAUGGCUAUGGGACCUUACAUGUCUGCUCAAAAUAUUUCAUUCCAAAACAUAUCAGCCAUUGCUUAUUUCCAAUACUCAGGUGCUGUCCCGAACAGCAUAUCGUUACCGGCUAAAUUACCGAGUUUUAACGAUAAUCUUGCUGCAAAGACUGUCAUGGACGGACUUAGAAGCCUUAAUCCUGUUAACGUCCCUAAAGAGAUCGAUACUGAAUUGUUUGUCACCGUGGGAUUAAACGUCAACAAAUGUCGGUCCAAGACACCACGUAACGACUGCCGAGGCAUGAACAAUGGGACUUUUGCAGCUUCAAUGAACAAUAUAAGCUUCGUAAUGCCUACUGUUUCGAUUUUAGAAGCCUAUUAUAAGAAGAUUGGUGGUCAGUUCACAGUGGAUUUCCCCGGUGCACCGCUUCGGUUUUACGACUUUGUCAAUGGGGCACCAAACAAUGCUCCUAAUAACACACAGGCCAUUAAUGGAACAAGGACCAAAGUCCUUAAAUUUGGUAGCAAGGUACAACUUAUCUUCCAAGACACUAGCACGGUCACCACCGAGAACCACCCAAUUCAUCUCCACGGCUAUAGUUUCUACGUAGUUGGAUACGGUACCGGGAACUAUAAUCCACAGACCGCAAACUUUAACUUGAUCGAUCCACCUUAUAUGAACACCAUUGGAGUCCCAGUAGGUGGAUGGGCCGCAAUACGAUUCGUUGCCGAUAAUCCAGGGGUUUGGUUCAUGCAUUGCCACUUAGAGAUACACCAGUCAUGGGGUUUAGGUGCUGUGUUGAUAGUGGAAAAUGGAGAAGGAGAGCUCGAGACAUUACCUCACCCUCCGGCAGAUCUGCCGAGGUGUUAGAAGCUAUCGUGUCAUGGUCCACCCGUGUCUUGGUUCGUGACAUUUUCAUUUAAAGGAUUCUUUGUUAUAUUUCCUGCUCGAUUUCUUUUAGAUCAUCAAAUUGUUGUGUAUGUAAAGAAGUAAAGAUUGGAGGAAUAAAACUGCAAAUUUCUUCACUUUUUCAACAUAAA